UGAGGCGCUGCGGCCCGAGCGGUGGAUCCGAGACGUGGCUCCCUGGGCGGAAGAACCAUGUUGGACUUCGCGAUCUUCGCCGUUACCUUCCUGCUGGCGUUGGUGGGAGCCGUGCUCUACCUCUACCCGGCUUCCAGACAAGCUGCAGGAAUUCCAGGGAUUACUCCAACUGAAGAAAAAGAUGGUAAUCUUCCAGAUAUUGUGAAUAGUGGAAGUUUGCAUGAGUUCCUGGUUAAUUUGCAUGAGAGAUACGGGCCUGUGGUCUCUUUCUGGUUUGGCAGGCGCCUUGUGGUUAGUUUGGGCACCGUUGACGUACUGAAGCAGCAUAUCAACCCCAAUAAAACAUCGGACCCUUUUGAAACCAUGCUAAAGUCAUUAUUAAGGUAUCAAUCUGGUGAUGGGAGUGUGAGUGAAAACCACAUGAGGAAAAAAUUGUAUGAAAAUGGUGUGACUAAUUCUCUGCAGAGUAAUUUUGCCCUCCUGCUAAAGCUUUCAGAAGAAUUAUUAGAUAAAUGGCUCUCCUACCCAGAGACCCAGCAUGUACCCCUCAGCCAGCAUAUGCUUGGUUUUGCUAUGAAGUCUGUCACACAGGUGGUAAUGGGUAGUACAUUUGAAGAUGACCAGGAAGUCAUUCACUUCCAGAAGAAUCAUGGCACAGUUUGGUCUGAGAUUGGGAAAGGCUUUUUAGAUGGGUCACUUGAUAAAAGUACAACUCGGAAAAAACAGUAUGAAGAUGCCCUUAUACAACUGGAAUCUAUUUUAAAGAAAAUCAUAAAAGAACGAAAAGAAAAGAACUUCAGUCAACAUAUUUUCAUUGACUCCUUAGUACAGGGGAACCUUAAUGACCAACAGGUCCUAGAAGACAGUAUGAUAUUUUCACUGGCUGGUUGCAUAAUAACUGCAAAAUUGUGUACCUGGGCAAUCUGUUUUUUAACCACCUCUGAAGAAGUUCAAAAAAAACUAUAUGAAGAGAUAGACCAAGUUUUUGGGAAGGGUCCUAUUACUCCAGAGAAAAUUGAGCAGCUCAGAUAUUGUCGGCAAGUGCUUUGUGAAACUGUUCGGACUGCCAAACUGACCCCAGUUUCUGCCUGUCUUCAAGAUAUUGAAGGAAAAAUUGAUGAAUUUAUUAUUCCUAGAGAGACCCUCGUCCUUUAUGCCCUUGGUGUGGUACUUCAAGAUCCUAGUACUUGGCCAUCACCACACAAGUUUGAUCCAGACCGGUUUGAUGAUGAAUCAGUAAUGAAAACUUUCUCCUCGCUUGGAUUCUCAGGCACACAGGAAUGCCCAGAGUUGAGGUUUGCAUAUAUGGUAACCACAGUACUUCUGACUAUAUUGGUGAAGAGACUGCACCUACUUCCUGUGGAGGGACAAGUUAUUGAAACAAAGUAUGAACUGGUAACAUCAUCAAGGGAAGAAGCCUGGAUCACCAUCUCAAAGAGAUAUUAAAAUUUUAUACAUUUAUGAUCUUUAUUAAUUAGACUGAGGAAAGUGACCAUUUAGAAAAUCUGUGUUGAAUCCUUUUAUAAACCAAGUAUUAUUUUGUAU